ACUGUGAACUUGACUGUGGAUCUAUCAGCAGCUGCGGCUCCGCUUCAGUCAGUGUGUCGGUGUGUCGGGGGUCUUUACCGGACUAACAAAGGGUCGAACCGGACCGAACCAGUGCUGAGGUGUGUCUGCGGACCUAAGUGUAAACACGGGGGACAUAAACAGGUGAGACUGAGAGUGUGUGUACCUGUGAAUGUGUGUGUGAGGACACGCUGUUGUGACCAUCAGUGAUGCUGCUGCUGUGUGUGUGACUGUGUGUGUGUGUGUGUGUGUAGUUGUUGUUUAUUGUAAAUCUGUUAGCUCUGAAUUAAUUUAUUUCUCGCAGCUUCAUUUUCAGAUUUAAUAAUUCCAAUUAAACAACGUUGAUUUUAAACUUUAUUUUAAAACUGAAAUGGUGAAAAGUCUGUAACAGGACUGGGUGAUUUGGCCUAAAAAAUGAUCUCGAUAUAUUUGGUUGUAUCGUCCGAUCUCGAUUAUUAUCCCGAUUUUUUUAAAACUGCCAAUUUUAAAGCAUCUGUACUCGAAACUACAAAGUAAAUAGAUAAAUACUAAAUAAGACGUUAAAUAACUUUUCUUCUCGACAAUAACAUCUCUGGACGAUGACUCAAAGUCGUGGCUGACAUCUAUUCUUCUGCCCUCAGCUCUCGUUCGGUUACUCGGUUUACUUGUCCGGUAACUUACAGAAGUGAGCAGGAAAAGCUCGACUCUGAUUGGCUGUUGUGAUGCACAUUUUCGCCAUGUUUGAUUGAGUAAAUAAACUCACAGCUGAUCACUGUGAUCGAACUGAAAUGAAUCCCGAUCAUAUCCCAGUCCUGGUCUGUGAUCGGGUUAAAUCAGUAAAAGUGACUUUCUGUUGGUGUUUCCUCUGGAGGGAAUCAGGAUAUAAACUUUGAUUUGAUCCUCCAAGGAAGUUUAGGACCUCCUCCUCCAACACCAGACUGAACUUUUCUCUUGUUCUGAACUUUUCAAGGUAUUUUUAAUUUUUUUACUUCUCAACAUUUCCAACAGGACGGCUUUAAGGACAUUUUUCCUCCAUUUCACUGACUCAGGGAACCUUUUUAUGUUCUAAUUGAAUAAAUGAUUUUAUUUAUUUCGGUAUAAUAUGACCUAAGGGGUCUAGGCCAGUGGUUCUCAACCUGUGGGUCCCGACCCAAAAGUGUGUCAUGGACACAUUCUGGAUGGGUCGCGAACAGCUGGUCAAAAAAGUGAAUAUCUAGUGUGCAUCUAGUGUUUGACGUGUUUUAUUUUGAAAAAUAUCUCCUUUUGAAAGGCAGGCAUCAUGUCCUGGUCCUCCUCAGUUUCUUAUUAAUGCUGCCAGAAUGCAGUAAAAAUACAUGUUUUUUUUGUCUUUAUUUAGUGUAAUUUGAUAUUUAUUCACUUUUGUCCUCCUCGGGUUCUUCUGAAUCUGCUCUGAAUGCAAAGAUGAAUCUAACAUUACAUGAAUAAUCAGACAUAAUUUUCUCUACAAUAUUGAGUAAUAACAUUAUUCUACUAAAGUCUCUGAAAGUUUACCAGAGUACCACAUUUCCUCAUUUCUACAGUCGGACAGUCGUUCCAUAUUUUCACAGAAAGUUUUUACGUUUGUUCGCGCUUUAGUUCCAGAAAUAAUCCACAGUCUCUUCAGUUGUAAUUAGAGUCCCUCAGUUUAGAUUAGGUUUUUGUAUUGUGGUUUAAUCUACUCAGUCUUUGAAUUUCAAUACAUUUAAGGAAGUAAAAAGGGGACGAGUUGAUUCAUGUUUUUUGCAGAUGACUCUUACGGCUCGCUUUUGUUAAAGAAAUAUUGGGUUUGUCUUUGUUUUUGUUUCCCUAAAUCUCAAUAAAAUCAGUCAAAGAGGGAAAUUUAACCAGGUCAGAUUCUCCAGAGGGUCUUCUAUAAUAUUUGAUCCCGUAUAGAGGUGUGUUUUUUAUCAUUCAGACCUGGUGGGAUGGUAGUUCUCCUCCUCAGACUGCACUCUGAUUGUUUGAGGGUCAUAUAUUACAGUCAUUACGGCCUUCAAAACUUCCUGUGGGUCUGUUUCAGAGUCCGGGUCCUACCAUCAGGAACCGCGUCUGCAGAGUCUUUGUGUCUGUUCGCUCUGAUUUAGCGCGGCCCCCCGUCAGCUCCUCGUCCUCCGUUCGCUCCAGCGGCUCUGAAUACCCAGCAGCUCCUCUGUUUUGGCUCGACCCGCUGUCCUCUCUCUCUCUCUCUCCCUCUCUCUCUCUCUCUCUCUCUCUCUCUCUCUCUCUCUCUCUCUCUCUCAGGGCGGUUAAACAAAACGCCCCUUUGAGAGAGGAGGCGCAAGAACUCCCAGGAGCUCUCACAGACAUCCAACAGGAGGGUCCUCGAACCCUGUUUAUAACCGUCAUGAUCAAAUCAGACUGGAUUCAUUAAAGGGAUAUUCCAACAAAAAAUUAAUUUAGGGUCAAACACCGAGUUAGACCCCCCCUCCAGAGAUGAAUGUUUGCUUCUCUAGUUAAACCAACUUUAGUAACGACCUCUAGAGGGGGGGUCUGACUCGGUGUUAUGGUGUGUUUGACCCUAAAUUAAUUUCACUCCAGAAUAUCCCUUUAAAGUGUUUGAGUGACAUGAGCGGCGUUACGAAGAAAGAGAGGAGGAUGAAUAAAGUGACAAAGCUCGGUGGAGGAGCUCUGACUCUUCACUCAGGAUCUGGUUCGUUCUGGAUCUGCGUUCCUCUGGAGGAGGUCUGACGGAUCGUUUAGCGUUGGUGACCUUCGUCAUUUUCUUACAUUUGCAUGAAUUUUAUUGUGGAGGAAACAGUCCGACCCUCAGGAAGAAGCUCAACCAGCAGCUCCAGAAACCAAAACCAACACCGGAGGGUCAGAUAUCAUCUGGGUUUACCUGAUCCAGAACCACCAGGAGUGGGUCCACAUGUGCAGAAGUCCUGGUCCUGUACAUGUUGUCACACACACACACACACACACACACGUGUCACUGCAAACAUUGAGUCUCCCUGAGGGGCCGCCUGAUUUAAUCAUCAUUCCCUGAGAGGAAACCAACACGUCUCCAUGGAAACCAGAAGAGGAGAAGGAGGAGGAGGAGGAGGAGAGGUACCUGAUGUCAGCCUGUCACCAUGGCAACUGCGGUUCACUUCCACCUCUGGUCCUUCAGGGUGGUGCAGCAGAAUCGUCUGUCAGAGUGUUUGUGUCCCCGUGAUAACACGACCACAGACCGCCACAUUUGAAUAAAGGCCGCCACAGUCCGCCUCUGCGGCGUCCUGACAUGAACAAACAAGGUCGUUUUCACACGCCACGGCUUCAGUUCCUGUUAGGAAGCAUGAAAUCAGCUGAUCAGAGAACAGGAGGAUCAAACAGACGAUCUCCUCCUCCUCCGUCUGUUUGCAUCAGUGUUUUUCAUACGAGGCGUGUCUGUAGACCUGGACACGAGGACCCGGUCUGUAACUGUGCGGCGCUUUAAAGACAUUUGUUUGUCACUUCCACGCCGCGCUCGCCGACGUUUCAGAGUGAAAACAAAAUGCAAAACAGUUUCAGGAGGUCAGAGCGGCAGGACUCAGAGAGGAGCGCUCUGAAAAACUGCAGACCAGGAGAGAAACGCUCCCGAUCCAAAGACCCUCUCUCUCUCUUUUUAGUGCCGUCGCCAUGGCAACAGAGGGGAGAAUAUCCGGGGCUGCCAUGUGUGGCGUUCGGCACGUGUCGGAGCUUCUGUUCGAUUGGGCGUCUUUGGGGAUCUGGGAGCGCUGUCACAAGCUUUUGUGUAGCGGCCAAUCAGAGCUGUCCGUCAUCCACGCCCUCUGACAUCACCGUGAAAAAAUGCAGAAGAAGAAGAGCGAGGACGGACGGACGGACGGACGGACGGCGGUCUGUCCCACUCAGCUUCUUUUCUGCUGAACUCGUCUGUUGUCUCGGUUUGAGCAGAACUCCACAAAGUCAGGGUCGGGUCUGGACUUCAGUGAGACCAGGAGAACUUUAUUGAUCCAUGAAGGAAAAUCAAUAAUCGAUGAUUGAUCAGGAGAGUCUGCAGAGAAACAGUCAGUAUGGAGAGUAAAAGCAGGAGGAACACAGACCUCCAAGAAGACCUCCUGAUCUGAGGAGGACUUUAGUUCUCCGUCUGAAGGUCAAUAAACCAUCAAACAUCUGCUGAAAGAUCAAUACGGUUUCCUGACGUCCCUGAAAGCAUCACGACUGACGGAGCUGAAGACCGGAGACCGACAGAGACGGACUGAGACUCUCUAUCCUCACAGUGAAACUGAGACUUUUUACAAUAAAACUGAGACUUUCUUUACAGUAAAACCGAGACUCUCUUUUUACAGUAAUACUGAGUCUUUCUCUUUACAGUAACACUGAGACUCUUUACAUUAAAACUGAGACUUUCUUUACAGCUAAAUUAAGACUCUAUCUUUCCAGUGAAACUUAGACUCUGUCUUUACCGUGAAACUGAGUCUUUCUCUUUCCAGUUAAACUGAGACUCCCUCUCUUUACCGAUAAACUUAGACUCUCUCUUUACAGUUAAACUGAGACUCUCUCUCCCUCUCUUUACAGUGAAACUGAGACUCUUUACAAUAAAACUGAGACUCUCUUUACAGCUAAAUUAAGACUCUAUCUUUCCAGUGAAACUUAGACUGUCUUUACCGUGAAACUGAGUCUUUCUCUUUCCAGUUAAAAUGAGACUCUCUUUUUACAGUUAAACUGAGACUCUCUCUCCCUCUCUUCACAGUAAAACUGAGACUGUUUUUUUUCAGUAAAACUGAGACUCUCUCUCUUACAGUUGGAUUGAGUCUCUCUCUCUUUACAGUAAAACUUUGACCCUCCCCUAACAGUGAAACUGAGACUUUUUACAAUAAAACUGAGACUUUCUUUACUGCUAAAUUAAGACUCUAUCUUUCCAGUGAAACUUAGACUCUGUCUUUACCGUGAAACUGAGUCUUUCUCUUUCCAGUUAAACUGAGACCCUGUCUCCUACAGUUGGAUUGAGUCUCUCUCUCUUUACAGUAAAACUUUGACCCUCCCCUAACAGUAAAACUGAGACCCUCUCUCUUACAGUUGGA